AUGUGGCUUUACAGCAAAAAGCAGUUGAAGAGAUCAGAUAGCAAAGUGGUUAGUUGUGCUUACAACAUGCAGUCAUCAGUUCCUGCACAGAAUAUUUCUUUCUCAGAUUUUAAACUAAAUGGUUUUCAUGCUUUAGGAGAAUGGAGACCCAUUUUAUCUAUUCCAUAUCUCUUCAUGUUUUUACUGUCUACAACAUCAAACUCCACUCUAAUAUAUUUAAUUAUAACUCAGAGGUCUCUGCACUCUCCGAUGUGUGUACUGAUUGGGUUUAUGGCUUUUGUGGACUUGUCUUUGCCGGUAUUUUUCGUACCAAAUAUGCUGUUCAGCUUCUUAUUUAACUGGAAUGGAAUUUCCCUUACAGGUUGUUUAAUACAAAUGUUUUUCCUUCUAAUUUUUGGCACAUUUCAGUCUACUAUAUUGCUCUGGAUGGCUCUUGAUCGAUUUUUUGCAAUAUGCACCCCUAUGCACUAUCACAAAUACAUGAGAAUGCCCAACUUUCUGAAGUUUAUCAUUUUUCCAGUUAUCAGAAAUGUGAUCUUCAUUGUGAUGAUAGUUUUUUGGGCUGGAAAAUUAUCUUUUUGUGCAACAAAUGAAAUAGAUCACUGUUUUUGUGAACAUAUGGCAUUGGUUCAGUUGGCAUGUGGAGAUACUUCAGCUAACAACAUAUUGGGACUUGUGGCUCUUUUUAUUAUAACAACUGCUGAUUUUCUUUUCAUUACAGUAUCAUAUUUAAUAAUACUUUCCUCUGUUUUGAAGUCUGGCAAGGCCAGCUUAAAAGCUUUUAAUACUUGUAUUACUCACAUUAUUGUAAUGACAGUUACUAUCACGUUUGCCUUAAUUGCUUUUCUGUCAUACAGAACAAGAAAUAACUUUUCUUCUACUAACCGUGUCUUUUUGAGUACCAUGUACUUGCUUUUUCCAAGCUGUUUUAACCCAAUUAUCUAUGGAGUGAGAACAAAAGAAAUUAGAAAACAGUUUUCAGUUUUUUUUAAUGAAAUCAAAGUUUAUUUAAAGUAA